AUGGACAGUUACCAAGCCGAAUAUGACAAGGACAACCUUUUGUCUGAUACGUUUUGGAGGACACCACAACGUGCAAUCCCGGGAAGACCCCUUCAGACGGUUGAAAAGAGUGAGGUUAUGUCGGGGUCAUCGUAUCAGCAAUUCCAGGCAUCGGUGAACGAUGCUUGGGAUCUUGGUGACGACGACAUUAUAUCAGGAAUCGCGGAGGCGAAGAUAUCAAAGGCCAUAUCGGAAACUGCAGCUUUAAACGUUAUAAAUUCGCAUAGGAAUAGUACUAAGAACGUAAACAAAAGUGACGUCAAAGAUGAGACUGAAACCGUAAAGCCUAAAGACGAGGCGUUGGCUGUGCGUAGAAAUGAAGUGAAAAGGACUGGAAGUGGGGUUGGUGGUAGCACUGGGCCUAUGAGGCAUUAUCCUGGCAGGCCACGACCCGUUAGACUGUCAGCAUUGGCGUCGCGUGAAGAAAGUAGCGAAUCAAAAUUGGAGAGGUUCCAGCAAUUGCUCGAGAAUCCAGUGUUGGACUUAGAUGAACUUAAACAGCUUAGCUGGUCUGGUAUUCCAACAAAAGCGAGAGCGGUUACGUGGCGCCUCCUCGCCGGCUACCUGCCAGCGAACGCUGAGCGACGCGCCGAGACGCUUGAGCGGAAGCGGGCCGACUACCGCCAUCUGGUGAGGCAGUACUACGACGCUGAACGGGAGGAGGACACGUACAGACAGAUCCACAUCGACAUACCUCGCAUGAGCCCCCUCGUGGCGCUCUUCCAGCAGACCACGGUGCAGGUGAUGUUCGAGCGUAUACUCUACAUAUGGGCGAUACGCCACCCCGCCUCAGGCUACGUCCAGGGCAUAAACGACCUGGUGACGCCGUUCUUCAUGGUCUUCCUGCAAGAGGCCGCGCCGGGCAGGGAGCUGGACAACUUCCCUCUGGACCAGCUGGCCGAGGAGCGGCGGCACGUGAUAGAGGCCGACUCCUUCUGGUGCCUGUCGAAAUUCCUGGACAGCAUACAGGACAACUACAUAUUCGCGCAGCUCGGCAUACAGUAUAAGGUGAACCAGCUCAAGGAGCUGAUACGGCGCAUCGACCGGCCGCUGCACGAGCACCUGCAGAGCCACGGCGUGGACUACCUCCAGUUCUCCUUCCGCUGGAUGAACAACCUGCUGACCCGCGAGAUCCCCCUGCCGUGCACCAUACGCUUGUGGGACACCUACCUCGCGGAGUCGGACGGGUUCGCCACCUUCCAGCUGUACGUGUGCGCGGCGUUCCUGCUGCACUGGCGCGAGCGGCUCAUGCUGGAGCGCGACUUCCAGGGCCUGAUGAUCCUGCUGCAGAACGUGCCGACUCAGAACUGGAGCGACUCGAGCAUCAGCCUUCUCGUGGCCGAAGCUUACCGCCUGAAGUUCGCCUUCGCGGACGCGCCCAACCACCUAAACGCGGGAAAAUCUGACAGA